ACACUGAACUGAACAUGGAAUAUUUUAUAGUUCUCUUGUACAGAAUUAGAUCUAAAUAUAAUUUAUUUUGUUAAUAUUUAACAUUUUCUGCAGUUUACGUAACGAUGCUAUCACAGUUAAAACAUACAAAAUGUUCAAAGAUGCAGGGGUGACAUUUCAGUCGUCGUCGACAAAUAACAUGAUGCAGACUUAGUUGAACAUUCCCCGUCAUGCGCAGUAGCCAAAUGCAGUCGCCGGAACGAUGGCCGUCGAUAAUUUUCUCUUUGGCCAGUGCAUCCUUUAUUUUUUAGCAUUUCUUUUCGGUUUCAUCGCCGUUGUACCGCUCUCUGAAAACAGCGAUGACUUCCAGGGGAAAUGCCUGCUGUUUACUGAGGGAAUGUGGCAGAAUGAGAACAUGACGAUGGGUAAACAGCGCUUUAUAGUUGAAGAAUGGGGACCAGAGUCAUCCUGCCGCUUCAUCACUUUCGUGGGCAUUGUGUCUCUCAUCCUGUCCGCUGUACAGGCGUGGCGGACCUUUUUCUUCCUCUGCAAAGGCCACGACGACUCUCUUUUCCAUGCCUUCUUGAAUCUGCUCCUGUGCCUGUUGGUGGUAUUUGUGGUGUUUGUGGCUGGUACCAUCUCCAGUGUUGGCUUCAGUUCAUGGUGUGAUGCUGUCACUGAAAAUGGGGCCAUGCCCAGCAGGUGUGAGGAUCUGCAAGACACAGAUUUAGAGCUUGGUGUUGACAACAAAUCCUUUUAUGACCAGUUUGCCAUUGCACAGUUUGGCCUGUGGUCAGCCUGGUUAUGCUGGUUGGGUCUUACAGUACUAGCUUUCCUGAAGGUUUACCAUAACCACCGGCAGCAGGAGCUGCUAGACAGUCUUGUUCAAGAGAAGGAGCUCCUGCUAGGACAUCCUUUACAGAGGAGUUCUUACAACAGGAAUGCCAUGAUUUAAACAAAAUCUCUCAUGUAGUCCAUUUACACUGCAUGAACCAGUUUCUGAGAGCAGAAUUAAACCCUCAGAAUAAACAUAUUUUUUUAUUAAUCAUAUAUCAAUCUUUAGAUCUGAGUCUUAGUUAGUAGAUUCAUUGUAAGUUAUGUUCAUGUUUAAAUAAAUGAUCAUGGAAAACAUAUUCAAAACAGAUAGAGUUAUUUUCCAUUGUUGUUUAGAGACACCAUCCUUGCAGAACUCUAAUCAAACUCUACAUGGAAGUAUCUUCAUACUCACUCUUAUUUUUACAUACGAAUACUGCCUUUACUGUACAUGGGAGCAAAAUAUAACCAGAAAUAAAACUGAAUAAUUGCU